GCGAGUAUAUAAAGCCGAGCAGUAAACACCAAGAAAUCAAACGAGUCUCAGCUUCGGUGAACAAAAUGUCGCACUCCUGGUUGUAUUUCUGCCUCGCCACUGUGAUGGUCGUCUCUGUCGUCGACGGCACAUUUUUCUAUCUGAUUCCCAACAGGAGUCUUCCGCAACAAUUUUAUAGUAAGGACACGGGAUUCAUCAAAACGACAUCGUAUCAACCUGGAAGAUCGGAUGGGAGAAAAGAAGAAGUUUCUUGGGUUUCAUCCCACCGCAGUUACUACUACCCAGUUGGGCCGAGUGGGCCGAUACCGCCCUUUGAAUAUUUGGAAAAUUUCGAGAGGCCCCCAGUGGACAUCUACGAUCAACAGUACGGCGCUGCAGCAGCUCCCGGAUUUGGUGGCAUAUUGUUCGGUUGAUUUCUUUUGAUUCCAACAUAUUUUUGUCAACCAUUAAUUAAUUAUUUUAUUGCUGAUUAUGGUUUCAACAAUAUUCUACUUACAUGGUUUUUCCCCCUAUCUACAUCAACAUGGACAGAAUAACCUUGAGAAUAACAUGACAUGUUUAAAUAAUACAAAUAGUGGACUUAUCGAUUUCAUUAUUCGCCUAAUAUUUCAUGCGCCUUAUAAUUUAUUGCUUGCCGUUAGCUACCCCAGUAUUAUUCCGUUAGACAAUAAAUUAAUUGCGCU